GGCUAGGGCUGUGGGUAAAGCGACAUUUCCUGCCCAAGGGACCGGGAUGAGAGGAGAGUUGCUGAGUGUGCACAACUUCUGAGAACACGGGCGCACACCCUGCUCCCUCAGCGCCUCUUAGGCUGCCCCAUGGAGUUCCCCCUGGCCCAGAUAAGCCCCCAAGGGAGUCACAAAACCCCCACCCCAACCUUCACCACCUUCCAGCCUGUGGACUUGCUCAAAAACAGCUGCCAGGGCUUGGGCUUGCUUCCAGAGUUCAGACCCCAGACCCUGAAGGCUGCAGAGGCCCCGUUUGGCCCCAGAGACCUGGAUGUCCACCCUGCGGUAUCUCCCCAGGCCCUGGGGGCUGCCUCCAGUCAAGUGGACACUGGGAAGGCUGAGGAGGUACCUAGGGAAGGAGGCCAAUCCCUGCAGGCCGAGACCCGGGUUUGGUUCCAGAAGACCCAGGCCCACAGGCUCCUGCAGCACGGGGCAGCCCCUCCUUGGUUCCAUGGCUUCAUCACGCGGAGAGAGGCCGAAAGGCUGCUGGAGACCAAGCCGCAGGGAUGCUACUUGGUGCGGUUCAGCGAAAGCGCUGUGACCUUCGUGCUGACUUACAGGAGCCGGACUUGCUGCCGCCACUUCCUGCUGGCCCAGCUCGGCGACGGACGCCACGUGGUGCUGGGCGAGGACAGCGCCCACGAACGGCUGCAGGACCUGCUGCGGUACUACUCGGGGUCCCCGCUCAGCCCCUACGGGGAGACGCUCAGCCAGCCCCUCGCCCGCCAGACUCCUGAGCCAGCAGGACUUUCCCUAAGGACUGAAGAAUCAGACUCUGGAAGCAAAAGCCAAGACCCGCACCCCCAGUAUAGGCCAAUCCUCAAAAAGGAGAAGCCCAGAGCCCCCACACAGAAAGAGGGGGGCAGCGAGCCAAAGGAGCCCCCCCAGCCACCUAGGCCCAAGCCUCCUGUUCCCGCCAGACCUCAGCUACCCCUCGAAGUCUACACUAGCCCAGAUCCACGACCCUGCCCGGCCCUGCCCUCCAAGCUCUCCAACCCCAUCUACCAGGAGCCUGAGGAACCCAUAGCCUUCUAUGCGAUGGGCCGGGGCAGCCCCGGGGAAGCCCCGAGCAACAUCUACGCGGAGGUGGAGUUGGAGGUGCCGCCAGGGGCUCAGGGCCCGCGGUGCAUCUUCUGGCACUCGGUCCUCCGGAAGUGCCAGUCCAGGCCUGUCCAGGGAAGCCAGAAUCCAGGUGGCCAGCAACUGCAUUCUGAGAAAUCUCUGGCUAGACAAGGCCCUCCUGUGCCCCACCAGCCCCUGCCUCUCUGAGGACACAGCCUCCCUCACACCUUUUCUAGAACGUGCUUCAGGACCGCGGACAGGCACGGCGUCCCCUGGGGCCUCAUCAGUAGCCAGUGAGCCUGAGCUGAGGGAGGACGACCUGGAACGUCGGUCCCGGGAACUUUACACACCCCCAGGUGCCAUUCUAAGGAAAAGUGGAUGGAACCAGCUGUAGGUGAUCGAUCAACGCUGGAAAGGACCUCAGCCAUCAUCUAUUGCGAAGAUGGCAAAAAGGUGUCACCCUGAAUGCCAACUCCAAUCCAUUGGUCCUUCUGCCCAAGGCGCUGCAUUGGAAAGGAUGUUAAGGUCAUAUCUGAACUCAGCAAAAAAGAGCACCGUGGUCGAUUAGUGAUGUCUGCUAUGGGUGAGGGAGGGAAGAGGAGCAGCAUCUGUUUUGCCCUGAUCACGUCCAACACCCUCGCUGGGCAGAUAAGGAACAAAGACAACGUGGGAUAGUGACUCGGCUGAAGUCAAGGACUAGAACUCAGGCCUCCUAAUUCCCGGGUUCAGUACUGUGUUCCUGACCCCACAUCCCCUAAGUCUUCACAGGAAAUGUCAGAAGUUUCCUAAGAUAGGAAAUCUGGCUGCGUUCCUGAGUUCCACAGCACUGGGUCCUGGAUGCUGGUUCCCUUCCUCCAGAUCCCAGGUACCCCUGUUACCUUGACAGGUCUGGGACCCCCACAAAGAAGCCUGGAGGUCGGAGGAACAAAUGUGGAAUCCACUUCCUUUUAGGAACACACCCACCGACUCCCUCCCAGACUCCUCCGUGUUUGGUGCUUCUGUAAGGAUGUGGGCUAGUAGGGCCCUGCUGCCUCCCACUGCCCUGGCCUCUCCUCAUGGAGUCCGAUUUCCUUGGCCCUCUGAGCCUUUGGGCCUCGGCCCUGGUCCAAUGCUGCUGUUGCCUGAGGGUUGGUUUGGCGAGAACAGAUGUUAGAACUUGUUUGUUGAUUCUUGUCUGGCUAAUAAAUCAUCACCAACUACCUCC